CAGAUGUGAAUUGGAGGAAGGCGAGUGACUCGAGGGUCACGGCGGCCGGCACAAACCCUUGGGCAGCGGCGCCCAUGUUUUUGACGUUGUCGGUAGGGAUCCACGUGAGGGAGCUCCACCGACUGUCAUGCGCACGGGCAGGCAGGUUGAUUAUCAUCGUCGCAACACGCCUGUACAGUCUGGUGGAUCGGUCGGAUCCAAGCCAAGGCACACAAACAGACACAUAUAUGACAGUGACACAUGGACCGGCAGGAAGGUCACAAUCAGGUCAGAGGAAGGAAGAGUGUGUGGGCCGGGUGUGGUUGUGUCUUACUGGUUGGUGAGAACGAACUUGGCCUGGGAGCUCUGGGCGAUGUCGCAUAGCCUGGGGAUAUCCGUUGACAGUUUGUUGGGGUCGGGUGGGUACUGACACACACACGCACACAGAGGCAGGGGAGAAGGAGAGGAAGAUUGUGUCGGUUGGUUCCAUGGUCUGUGUGUGUCACUGUACAGGUACAUACCACGGGCACUGCCACAAUUCCCGACACGACACAGCCCAGGAACGCCGUUAUGAAGUCGAGACCUACACACAAGACGCGACACACACAAAAAAGAUUGGGGCCUGUCAACCAGCCCGCCCUCUCUCCGCUUAGUGAGCGCCUGUGGUCGCUGACUGGCUGGGCCGGGUGGGUGGCUUGUUUACUCACUUACCGGGUGUGUAGCAGAGGAUGACGCGGUCGCCGGCCUCGAGUGCCAGGUCAGCUUUGAAGUAUGCACACAUGUUGAGCACCUUGUCCUUGACUUGGCCGAAGGUCAACUCCGUCACCUUCUCGCCCGACCCGUCCAGCCACGUGACGCACAUCAGGUCCGGGAAGUCACUCGCGUGCUGGAACAUCAUGUUGGCGAAAGGAUGGUCACCGUACACGGAGCGGAGACCCUCCAGGUCGGGAAAGGGAGACGUCAGGCCGGACUCCCUGGCGUAACCUGGCCACCCAUAGCCAUGAUCACACACAAGGAGACGAGACAAUCAGUGAUCGAUCAUCGAUGCCUUUGUCUGUCUGUCUGUCUGUCUGUCUGUCUGUCCGUGCGCUGUGGUGUGCUGCGUACCACGUGGCGUGGCAAACGCCUCGUUGUUGUCCUCCAUCUCCAAGUUGGGGGUCUUGGUGUCCACGGCCGGAGCAGGAACAUUAUCAACAGCGUAGCCGAGCGGCAUGGUUUCAGCGGGAGAGUAAUGGGCAGAUGUGGUGGGCUCGUAUAUAUCGACAAGACGGGACGAGGAUGCGAUAGCUGCGAUAAAGGGGUGGCAGGUUGAAUGCCGACACAGUUAGACAAGCAGACGAGACGACAAGACACAGACACGCAGGCAGGCAGUGAGGGGCAGGGCCUUUCCUAUACAGAUGCCGCUGGGCACAGCAGAUCAGAUCUCCUCGCACGGAUAGAUCUCGGACAGAGAGCAGUCAAGCGCAAGCACACAGUUGCCAGUCAGAUUGCAGCAACCCCACCAAAG